AUGAUUGAAAUAUUUAAAUUAAGUUGUGUGCUCGUAGUUGUCUCACUAAGUGCCACCGGUGCACUCAAGGAACACUGCAAUGGUGAGGAAGAUCUUCUACAGAGAUGUUCAAUGGCUUUGCCUGUGCUCAGCUCGCCGGAUAUAUCUUUCGCACUUACUAGGGAAGAACUGGACAAAAGUUGCAUCGAGCUUCGCACGGGAAUUAAAUGCAUAGACAACUACACCAACGUGUGUAUGGAGAAACACGAACAGGUGAUGUUCCGUAAAAUUUACGCUGGCAUUACUGACGUGGUCCAGGAGCUUUGUACCAGGGGAAAAUAUCAGGACGAGUAUUUGAAACAUGCCGAUUGUGUUAAGAAUGUCAGGUCAGAGUAUGAGACGUGCAGCAAGAGAUAUGAAGUCACUCUCAUGACGUUGAGCAACCAUGAGCAGGAUCAAUAUCAAACAGACCACACUGCAAUUGCGACUAGUCAUGAAGAUCACCUUAGAACUGUGUGUUGUUCAUUUCAAGAAUAUUUGCUGUGUUCCGAGCAGACGGUGUUGAGGUCUUGCGGCGAUGAAGCAGCGAUGUUCACUAGCAACUUCCUGAAACGAAUGGCUGCAAAUAUUAUUAAGAACUUCUGCCUAGUUUACAGGGGGGAAGAGUGCAGUCAACCAGACAAGGGAACGUCUUUAUCAAACGACAUGCUUCUGAUCAGUGUCGCAAGCCUUGCGAACAUAGCAUUUUAUGCAUAUAGCAAUUGGGUUGCUACGUAA